GUGCAAUUCUAUUGGACACAGCUUUCAACGAUUUCGAAUAUGCGUCGGCUAUCACAUGAAUGUCAUAGAUAUAAACAAGGCCACAAUAGUCCACCUGCAUGCGGCUCCAUAGCCGUGACGACCACCGCCAGGGUGAUAUGGGUGCCUCCACGGCAGGUCGUGACGCCUUGCUCUACUAGCGUUCAUCAUGCUGUUGCGCCGCUUGGUAUGGGUCUCAUUGACCAAAUCUUCACACUCCGUCAGAUGCUAAAACAACGCUAUACGUAUAAGCGUUCCACAAUUCUAGUGUUUCUGGAUAUCCAAGGUGCAUUUGACUCGGUUGACCGGUCUGUUCUGCUUCACACGCUUGCCCAUCGAGGAAUGCCCCGGAAGUUCGUGAACAUAACAGACUCUUUGUACUCUCAGAUUUCCGGACGUGUGAGAGUGCACGGUGUUCAGAACAAAGUUAUUCAUUUGGUCCCCAGACCGCCGCCGUCCACUCAGUCAGAAGGGCAGUCGGGUUCGGCAACUGCUCCCGGUGGCCACACAUUAGCUCCUGGUGGUGGAGGUAUCACGUGGAGCGGUGUCGAUAUGCAGCAAGCUAUUCAGGACAUAACGGCGGGCAUUUUCAGCGGACUGGGAGAGUUCGGACGGAGUAUUCAACCGCCGCCGUCCACUCAGUCAGAAGGGCAGUCGGGUUCGGCAACUGCUCCCGGUGGCCACACAUUAGCUCCUGGUGGUGGAGGUAUCACGUGGAGCGGUGUCGAUAUGCAGCAAGCUAUUCAGGACAUAACGGCGGGCAUUUUCAGCGGACUGGGAGAGUUCGGACGGAGUAUUCAUUUUCCACCACAUACCGGUGGUGACCCCCCUGGAGGUGCUCGAUACUCAGCGGUACUGGCUCGCGAGCAUACUUUCAACAGGCUCCAUCGACAAGCGUCGCAUCUUCUCCGACGUGUCAUACGUCACCCGUUUUUCCCGACUCCUGAACAAGCAAGUGAUUCCGCGCUAGACGAAUCGUCGCCUUUGGACAGUCCCACAGCUGAAACUCAGAUUGUGGCACCAACUACACCAAUGGUCAAUGGCUCAGGUACAAGCGCCUCAGAUUCCGCUUCGAAGUCGGAAACGGCUGAGCGUGGACACUCCUCUUCAAAUGCAGUCGCGGGCGUAAACGAUGCUGCGGUUCAGAACCGAGCCAGUCAGGUAGAAAACUCCUCGGGCUCGUCAAGCUCAACACCGGCUGAACGUCCAAUUUCAGUGCUUGCCGAUAUGAUUUCUCGCCAUCGACGCCUAUGGCGUUCGGCUGAACCGUAUUUGGAUCGGUGGGAAGCCAUGCUGAAUGCCGAAAGUCGCGCGCAAGAGGAGCUAUUAAACAGAGAGCAGACCACCCAGGAGACGAAGCCAGUGGAGCCAACGCAUUCUACACGGGGUGAGACAGAACUCGAACUGAGCACUGGCUCUGACCGAACUGAGUCGCCUCCACCACUAACCGCGCAGGUGGCUUCCUCUGAGUCCGGUGAACCAACCUCUAGUGACUGGCAUCACCGCUUCUUCCUCCAAAUCAGCCGGCUACUCCAUUUGCAUGCCCAUAUGCUGCACCUAAUAUCAGAUUUCAAUGUGAUUUCUCUCGCGAAUGGAUCACCAGAAUGCAGAGAUGUUCAGUCCGAAGCUGCGUUGCCUCAUGUUUCUGAGGGUCAAGCAGCAGAUAGCACGGCUCAUAACGCCGCAGUGGCUAGCCAGUCUGUCCGGCAUGAACUUGCUGCAGGGUCGGACACCGCCGCAUCCACUACGGAGCAGCAGCAACAAGCAAGACAGGAUGGUCGGCGUCGCCGGCGUGUGCUUCGUGUAUCGGAGACAGAAGCGCAUUUGGUUCGUGCCAGAAUCAACAUUGAGCCGGUGGAUGCAAUGGCCUUUCGACCUGCAACAACGACUGAAGGCCGCCCAGUGCCAGAGGGAGGAGUACGUGGUCGGCCCGCACUGAUACCAGUAUUCGAUCGCCUUUGGCAACCUGGCAGUAUUUCGGCCCUCAUGCCCCCUUCGGGUAGCAUAGCAGCUAUGCCCCGAAAGGGUGCUGCGGCUCAACAACCCAUUCAUUCCAUCCAUUCAUGCAUUCAUUCAUUCACCAUUCCAAACUUGAAUAUGGAUUUUUUCCGAAAAAUGCCUCGUGUGGCCCUCCGAAAACGAAAUGUCUGGAAUGACUGUAUAUCAGGAGAGAGGCAAGCAGAACUUUCAUUCAGUACUAGUGCUCUCCUACUGCUGAGAAUGCCCCACGAAUUCACUGGAGGAAGCCCCGACAUCGCCGGAGCCAGUCUGCGUCAGACACGCAACGUCGAACAUUGGAUGGAGGCUUUCUCCUAUUUUCUUUUUCAUCCAGCACCCGUCCAAAUUACCGUUACAAACAGCGGCUCCCGCGCAAAUGCUGUCCCUGCAGUGUCAACCUCGGUCCACACGGCGCCAUUCAACCCCGGUGCAGCUGCCAUCAUCCAUCGAGUUGACAUUCCGAUUAUUUCUAUGAAUAUGCUCAAUCUACCAAUUCCAGCAUUCUUCGAACACGUUAACGUCACUACCACUCCACCCUCUACAACUUCCUCACAACAAACUGAGCCUGUGAUCUCAACUGCUACCUCAGAUUCCACGAUGACCGCCACCACCACGACCACUACAAGUAGCACGACUACGACAACAACACCCGUACCGCGACCGUCAGAUUCAACGGAAAGACAUGCUGACCACGACCCAGACAGUAUUCCUCCACCCAGCGUGCCUGCCGUAGCUCCACACCCACCAGGUUUCUCACCUGGACCAACUGAUCCUUUUCUGCUCUGUCACUCACGACAUUUUGCGCAUGAACCACACUACCGACGUUCCACGAUGGGUGGAUCUUUUGGUAUUCCCGUACCACUCUCCUCAGCAGUGCAGUUCAUUCCGACUGGUGCCCCAUCUGUGCGGACUGCCGGUGUGCCUCCUUCAGCUUCCAGACCAACCGCUCAAAGUUCGGACGUGUCUCCCUCGGAACAGUCAUCUACAGUCCCUGAAGGCCAGACCGAUACGCCUACCGACAGUGCAAAUCGCACCACAACUGGACCUCAGGUGCGAUCGACGAACGUGCCGUUUCCGUCUGAUCUGUCACAACAAAUUGCCGGCUUCAUUUCGGCAGCCACUAAUGCGGCCACUUCAGCUGCAGCUAUGGGUGGCGGUGAUGUUGGUAUCGGCCCAUUCAACGUGUUUCUUACGUCUUCUCCAAUGCAAUUCAGCGUUACGGCCAAUCGAUCGGCUCCAAGAACAACAACUGUUGCCUCGGAUGCAGCCACAAGUGACUCCACACCGAAUGUCACGACCGCCACCACAGUGAGUAGUGGUACUCUUUCGGGCGGCAAUACUCAGCGCUUUUCUUGGUUGUUUGGUGGAGAAAACCCCCUGAUGCCUACCAUGACCAUGGCCACAUCACUGCUGCAGUCCUUCCAGCGGGGAACUGCUCAUCCGGACCCGACGGUCGAACCCCAGGCGCUCAUACCACAACAUGGCGAUGUGCGUGAUCAACGCAUCCCUGUUGGUUUACUGACAGACGUGAUCUCUGCCUUCCGAACAGAAUUGUCAUCAGCAGGUGGUGAACAAACACGUUUCUGCGCAUCGUCUUUAGAUGGUCUGCGAGCACACUUACGUCAUUUGCUCGGCCAUGCGGAAUCGGCCCUCGCUGCAUCGCCGAGUGCGAACAACUUGGUGGAUAUGUUGGUUGAAUUGGUGUUCGAUCGUUGCAGUUCGGAUGCUAUUGGCUCACGAUCACGAUUGGAAGCAUGUGGCAUGCUUUGGGUUAGCCAAUCUGGUGGUGAGUCAGCCGAUCAGCUGAUUGAUAUCCGGGCGUCAUUAGUCCGCUUGCUUAGAAUGAAUUUGGCCGCACAACUUGAACUGUGGCGAACCAGCCCUACCAACUUCGGAUUCGGUUCGACAUUGCUUCUCACCCUGUGUGACUGCUUCGUAGAUUUUCUGUGCCUGACUGAUAUCUUGGUUCAUCAGCUGGCAUGUUUCUCCAGAAUCCCUUGCACUUUAGAAACAACAAAUGAACGCCACUUCAAAGUGACAAACCGUGUACAGGAUCUACUUCGUACCAGUUCUCAGGAUACGCGGCAUUUGUCCAGGGAGCUUCAACGUGGUUUUGACGAAUGUUUCGCCCGAUACGUGGCGAUGGAUUCGGUGGCGUUACAACGCAAGUGGGAUUAUUUGAAGAGUACCUGUCUCGUUUUCCGACGUAUGGCUGUACCGCAAGUGAUGGAUGUUGAUUUAUCGUUGGACGACGGGGCUUGUUUAGAGGAUCCACCAUUCGUCGACGCAUGUUCGGAACCACCAGCAGCAUCUGACAAUGGCUCGGAAAAUUCUGAUAACUCUUUAGGCGUUAAAGCCCGUCCCAAUCAACUCACGUUCCUCACAGCUGAUCCUCCGAGUCGCCUCAAAUCAGGAGCUCGUUCGCCAUCCUGCUCCCCCUCGGGCAAAAAUUCUCCCCUGCCCGACUGGACGCCGAAACCCGAUGAGAUUCCGGAUCCCUGGACCCGUGGGCUUGAUCCACAUCCAGAUAGUGCUCGGGUACUGGUUGAUACUGCAAACUUGCUCAAUCCCGAAGGCUGGCAUGCCGUUUUACCUGCCGAGUGGGUCGAUGUCGUCGCAGGAGAUGUGGAUGUCAUGACAAGGAAUGCACAAUCAGCCAACGGAGAUGCCAGAGCUCCCCAGAGUUUCAGUGAUGCCUAUAUCGCUGGAAUGCCCGCCAAAAGGCGCAAGGUAAUGCAAGAACACGCACGAUCUGUCGCCAAACCACCAAGUGCUUUCUUUACGGAUUGCCUUUCGGAUGCGAUACGCGUGAGCGGAUGUGAACCCAAUUCUACUGAUAACGUCUCAGACUCGGCCACCCCAAUGGUGCAAACUGGCACCGGUGCUAGCUGUUCCCCUGAGCGGGAAUUGGAUCUGGCUGCAUCUCUGAAAGAUCUUGUGUCUGAAGAAAUUGCCAAGCGCCUCAGCAGCGACCCUGACUUCGAUCCAGCUCAGUUCCCUUUGUCCAACGAAGUGUUUGUGAAGAAUAAGUCUCACCGGGAGAAAUAAAUUAGACCAGUUCGGCGCUACACAUGUCACUUCAUAAACUUCUCAUAGCCUAUCGGGCUCCGUCUCAGAAUGCCUAUAUCUGCUGCCAGAGAACCCUGUCUGCCCACUCUUACCAUCAAGACCGACCACCCGGUUUAAAGCAGCCUAAGCUGUGACUGGUUUCUGAGCGCGACGACCAUGUCUCUAUUUCGACUUUUACUUUUGCUGUAAAAACGUGGAUUCUAAUUACUUGGUUGUUGUUUUGCGUUUGCUUCCUUCUAUUCAGGGGAUAUACCUCAGGCUUUGUGAUUUUGGAGAAUUUGAGGCACAUACUCCUGGUAUCAUCCGAGCACCCCAAUGCGCUUUUUUCGAAUGACCUCACUUUAUUUUGCUCAUAUCAUGUGCCAUAUU